AGAUCCCCAGAAACCCGAUCCCCAAAACAAGCAGCGCACCAGGAUCCUCUCCCCGGAGCAGUUUCCAAUCCCAUCCUCUUCUUCCUCUCCCUCUCUUGCAGUUGGAGCAGCCAGCGACCGAAGCAGCAGCCAUGGACGGCGGCAAGAAGGGCCGGAACGCGCACAAGGCCUCCGCCGACCACCGCAGCGACCGCAAGUCGGCCACCGGCAUGAGCGGCGACCCCAAGAAGGGCGGCCGCGGCGGCAAGUUCACCUGGGAGGGCGCCGACGGCUACGCCGACGAGGACCUCGACCUCAUCUCCAACAAGAACAACGGCGGCCGCGCCGGCAAGGGGGGCGCCACCGCCAACGCCGCCAAGAAGGACGACGGCGACGACGAGUAGGCCUCGGCCUCCGCCCGCCCGCCCGGUCCGAUCGGUUGCCAGCAACUCAAGCAAGUUCUCCUAUUGUAAUUCCUCAGUCGCUGUUCGGUUCUCGAGUCGAAUAAUCAUGUGGGUCUAGGCGUCGUGUUCGCGAGUUUGUAGCCUGCUACUAGCGGAGAGCCAGUGGGCGAUCGACGGGCCGUGCAGGGUCUGUAGAUAUCAUCAUCUCACCUCCUCUGUCCUUGACUUGCUGAUGUUUGGGGUCUGAAUUCGCAGUUCUUGGAAGGACUUAUAUUAAUUUCCAGAGUCGUUGGCUGAA